UACGCGAACGAGAGAGAAUAGUCCAAGCCGAAAGCCGUCGAAAUGUUGCGUACGUUGUCGCGCGUUAGUGAAUUGCCAAUUAUUGUAAAACAAUUGCAAAAAAAUGCAGCACAGUCCGGUGUCGCAAAGACCAACAAUUAUGCUACGGAAGCGACCGUGCAGGUGAAUCGACCCUUCAAACUACAUCGCUUGGAGGAGGGACCCGAGACCACAGUGAAGCUUACAAAGGAUGAGGCGCUCAAAUACUACACACAGAUGCAGACAAUCAGACGCAUCGAGACGGCCGCAGGCAAUCUGUACAAGGAGAAGAUCAUUCGCGGUUUCUGUCAUCUAUAUUCGGGUCAGGAGGCCUGCGCCGUUGGCAUGAAGGCGGCUAUGCGGGAUGUUGACAAUAUUAUAUCGGCAUAUCGUGUACACGGCUGGACCUAUUUGAUGGGCGUGCCACCUUUGGGUGUGCUUGGCGAGCUGACAGGUGUACAGAGCGGUUGUGCGCGCGGCAAGGGCGGCUCUAUGCACAUGUACUCGCCAAAUUUCUUCGGCGGCAACGGUAUUGUUGGCGCCCAGGUGCCGCUUGGCACCGGCGUCGCUCUUGCCUGCAAGUACAAGGGGAACGGCGGCAUGUGCCUUGCACUUUAUGGUGAUGGUGCUGCCAAUCAGGGUCAGGUCUUUGAGGCCUACAACAUGGCCUAUCUGUGGAAGCUGCCCGUCAUCUUUGUCUGCGAGAACAACAACUAUGGCAUGGGCACCAGCUCCGAACGCGCCUCGUGCAAUACGGACUACUAUACGCGCGGCGAUGCCCUGCCCGGCAUUUGGGUGGACGGCAUGGAUGUGCUGGCCGUGCGCAGCGCCACCGAGUUUGCUAUCAAGUAUGUAAACGAACAAGGGCCACUGGUUAUGGAGACGAAUACCUAUCGGUAUUCGGGACAUUCCAUGUCCGAUCCGGGCACAUCGUAUCGUACGCGCGAGGAAAUCCAAGAGGUGCGCCAAAAGCGUGAUCCAAUCACCUCCUUCAAGGAGCUGUGCAUCGAGCUGGGUCUUAUUACCACCGAUGAAGUUAAGGCCAUUGAUCUGAAGGUGCGCAAGGAAGUGGAUGAAGCUACCGCCCUAGCCAAGGGCGGUACUGAGCUGGCUCUUAGCCAUUUGUGGACCGAUGUCUACUCCAAUUGCUUGGAGCCCAAACUGCGCGGCACCAAUGGCUACAAUAUUGAUCACAUCCAGGAGCGGAAGGGUGUCAAUCAUUAAACAGUUUAAAUGCAACGAUUCUAUAAGAUACAUAUACCCAUACACACACACACACACACACACACAGACACACAUGAGCCAGACCUACACACACGCACGCAUAACAAGCGAAAUCUCUAGAUCUUAAGCCCAAAGUUGAUGUUAGAAAAUUUUGUUUUUUCGAGUAGAUAAAAUGCGUAUACUACUCGAUUUGAACGCGUGCAAUUGUGAAUGAAUAAUAAUUUUUGUUUAGACACACACAGACACACACAAACACAGACAAAUACAGACCAGUACAAAGACAGACAGAUACAAAGACACAAGGUAGCUAACCACGAAUUAUGCACACCCUGCCCUACCCCCCCUAAGACACACUUAAGACCCAAAGUCAAUCACUCAACCUGGGUUAGUGGCAACAGCAACGGAUAUUAUAUGAACGUGUUCAAUAUGGUUAAAGCGAGGUGUAAAUUGUUGAAAUAUAAAGUAAAUACAUACGUAAA